AUGUCGGAUGAAGAUAAAUUGGAAGGUUCGAUUCGUAAUAUUUUGGAGCAAAAAACAUUGAAAUGGAUUUUUGUUGGAGGAAAAGGAGGAGUUGGAAAGACAACUUGCAGGUGAGGAUUAUUUGAUGAUUCCCUCGAAACUCUAAAAUUCCCAUUUUCAGUUGCUCUUUGGCUGCUCAAUUAUCAAAAGUUCGUGAACGUGUCCUUUUGAUUUCCACCGAUCCGGCUCACAAUAUCUCGGACGCAUUCGCUCAAAAAUUCACCAAACAACCGACUGCUGUCAACGGAUUUUCGAACUUGUUUGCAAUGGAAAUCGAUUCGAAUCCGGCUGGAGAUGGAUCGGAAUUUGGAGGAUUGGAAGAAAUGUUGCAAAAUGCGGCACAGAAUAAUGGAGGACAAGGAGCUGGUGGAGCAUUUGGAAUGGGAAAGGAUUUUUUGCAAAGUAUUGCGGGAGGUUUGUUGAAUUUUCAGAGGGGAGACUCAAAAUGGGAUCCAGGGACAGCUGAAAAUUUAUGUUGUUUUUUCCAAGAAAAUUUUCCUAAAUGUUGAUAAUUUUUCCAAAUUUUGGAUAUUUGACAAUGAAAUUGUUGAAAAAUACGAAACAAAUAAAUAGUGAUUUUAAUUUUCAAAAAAAAUUCCUCUCUUAACAAAAACCGUUACAACAUAAUUUUCAGGACUUCCUGGUAUCGAUGAAGCAAUGAGUUUCGCCGAAAUGAUGAAACUAAUCGAUACCCUCGAUUUCGAUGUUGUUGUCUUCGAUACAGCUCCAACUGGUCACACAUUACGACUCCUACAAUUCCCAUCACUUUUAGACAAAGCGUUCACCAAAAUCCUAUCGCUUCAAGGAAUGUUCGGACCAAUGUUGAAUCAAUUUUCGGGUUUAUUAGGAGGCGGUGCAAAUGGCGCAAAUUCGAUGGGUGACAUGAUGGAGAAAUUGCAAUCGACGCUGGAAGUUGUUAAGAAAAUGAAUGCGCAAUUCAAAAAUCCGGUUGGUUUGGGGCGAAAUAUUUUAUUUAGUUUUGAAUUUUGAAUUUUUUCAGGAUUUGACAACUUUUGUUUGCGUUUGUAUUGCUGAAUUUUUAUCAUUGUAUGAGACAGAAAGAUUGAUUCAAGAAUUGACAAAACAAGAAAUCGAUACACAUAAUAUUAUUGUUAAUCAAUUAUUAUAUCCGGAUAAGGUUGAUUUUUGGUCUUGAAAAAAAAAAUAUCCAAAAUUCAAUUUUUUCAGGAUGCUUCUGGAAAUGUUGUUUGUCGAAAAUGUAAAUCUCGUUCAGGAAUACAAGGAAAAUAUUUAGAAGAGGUAAUUUUCUUGUUUUUUUUUUCUUGAAAUUCAGAUUCAAAACAAUGUUUUUUCAGAUUGAUGAACUUUACGAAGAUUUCCAUGUCACAAAACUUCCACUGUUGGAGACCGAAGUUCGCGGAAGUGAAAAUAUUAUGAAAUUCAGUGAGAGACUUGUAAAUGCUUCGACUGAUGCAUAA